AUAUGUACCAGACAAGAACAUAAAUGUGAAGAUCCUGGUAAAACAGGUCAUUGGUUUUCAGAUGUAAAUCUACAUAAAAACAUUUAUCCUGGACAAAGAGCUGAUAUGUGUAAAGAAUGUGGCAAAGCAUUUUGGAUUACCUCAACCCUUACUAAUCAUCAGAGAAUUCACACUGGACAGAAGCCUGAUAAAUGUAGAGGAUAUGCUAAUGCUUUUAGCCAGUCCUCAAACUUUAGUGAAUAUCAAUUUCAUACUGUUGAAAAGCCUUAUAUGAGUAGAGAAUGUGGGAAAGCCUUUAGGUGGUCCUUACAACUUAAACAACAGCAGACAGUUCAUACUGGUGAGAAGCUGUAUAAAUGUACAAAAUGUGGCAAAAUAUUUACACAUUCUUCACACCUUACUUGCCACCAGAGAGUUCAUACUGGAGAGAAGCCUUAUGAAUAUACAAAAUGUGGCAAAGCCUUUAGCCAGACUUCAAAACUUACUCAACAUCAAAUAAUUCAUACUGGAGAGAAGUCUUAUGAAUGUACUCAAUGUGGCAAAGCCUUUAGGGACUCAUCAGCACUUAUAAAACAUCAGAGAAUUCACACUGGAGUGAAACCUUAUGAAUGUACUCAAUGUGGCAAAGCCUUUAGCCGGAUUUCAAUCCUUAUUCAACAUUGGAGAAUUCAUACUGGAGAGAAGCCUUGUGAAUGUACACAGUGUGGUAAAGCCUUUAGCCAGACUUCAAUCCUUACUCAACAUUAAAUAAUUCAUACUGGAGAGAAGUCUUAUGAAUGUACUCAAUGUGGCAAAGCCUUUAGCCGGACUUCAAUCCUUACUCAACAUAAGAGAAUUCAUACUAGAGAGAAACCUUAUGAAUGUACUCAAUGUGGCAAAGCCUUUAGGGACUCAUCAGCACUUACAAAACAUCAGAGAAUUCACACUGAAGCGAAACCUUAUGAAUGUACUCAAUGUGGCAAAGCCUUUAGCCAGACUUCAAUCUGUACUAAACAUCAGAGAAUUCAUACUGGAGCUAAGCCUUAUGAAUGUACACAUUGUGGCAAAGCCUUUAGCCAGAAGUCACACCUGACUCAACAUGUGAAAAUUCAUACUGGAGAGAAGCCUUAUGAAUGUAUACGAUCUGACAAAUCUUUUUGGGACUCGUCAACAGUUACUCAACAUCAGAAAAUUCAUAGUGGAGAGAAGCCUUACAUAUGUGCAUAA